AUAUUCACGAUAAGGAGAGUUCGAAACCCGAAACAAAAGACUCGCCGGCAACUGCCCGAGAUCAGCUGACGGAGGAGGACCCGAGGCAGCAGACGGAGGCAUGGCUGUGGCAAAGUACAUCGCAUUUGCGGCCUUUAUUAUCUUUGCUGGCACUGGUAUAGCUGUUGGCUAUACUGGUGGGAGCUUAUUGACAGCAUAUGUAGCCUAUCUGUCCCCAUGGCUGCCUGGUUGGCUAUGGAUUGCAGUGGGAAUCAUCAUGGUCCUGGGAGUUGGAAUAACUGCCACCAGCACUGCAGGAGCUAUCGCAACACUGGCUCCAAAACCUAAAGCAUUUAAAACAUGUUUGUCCUUGCUGCUGUUGAUGGUUGUAACAGAACUCGCAGGAACCACCCUCGUUUACAAGAAGCAGCAUGUACUAGGCCAGGCCCUCAGUAACUAUAUGGCACAUUCCAUGCACAUCACUUCUGUUGACUAUGGACUCAAUGUCUCUGACACACAGCUAUGGGAUGAGAUCCAGAUGGAGAUGAACUGUUGUGGUGUUGUGUCUUACAAGGAUUGGUUCCUAACAACAUUUGGCAAUGGUACAGAUGUGCCAGACUCCUGUUGUCUCCUUGUUGUAGAAGGCUGUGGAAAGGGUGUUGCUAAUUUAGCAGACCCCGAGGAUGAAGUUAUUACAGAGGGAUGUCUUCCAACUGUACUGCAUUCCAUUGGGAUUGAUUAUCACAGUUUGAGCAGAGGGGUAUGGCUGCCUGUGUGUGCUAUGCAUGUAGCUUUGAUGGUGCUCCUUGUGGCUACCUCUAUGUUCCUGCAGGAGAGCUACACCGCUACAAACCUCCGUGCUUACUCUAUGUCAUCCAGUGCAGUUGAUAGCAGUCACAAAUACCACCAGUUGGAUGAAGAUUGUUAAAAAGUAUUCUGGAAAAAAAGGGAAACCAUGGCACUUUAGUAUGAUCUGAUAGGAGUUAAAUUUAUUCUAAUUAUUUUUGGUUAGUACUACUAGUUUAGUUCCAGAGUUUUGGGUUAUUUUAACAUGCACUUUCUUGUGUGAACUGUUGCAGGUUCAUCAUUUGUAUUCUCAUUUUUUAUUCGGAAUUAUUAUCUCCAUAGAUUCCUUGUGAGAGAAAGUAAUGGCCAUCAUUACUUAUAUUAUUUGAUUUGCUAUUUUUACUUAUUGCUUAUAAAAGAUGUAUUUUUAUUUGUUUUUUAUUGCCUUGCAAGGCUGUGUGUAUAUUUUGUAAUAGAUUUUAUUUAUUGAAUAAUUCCAACAUGUACAUUGUAUAAGGAAUUGAACUGCUUUAACUUUUGUAUAAGGUGAAAAGGGGUUUUACUAGCAAGGUUGUACUUACAAGUUAUGCUGCCAGUUAAUAAGUUUUACUCUUUUUUUUUUAUCUUCUAUUUUUCAUGCUAAUACUAUUUUUUAACAUAAGUGGCUGUAUGGUUUGAAAUCUGAAUAUAAAGGCUAAAAAAAAAAAAAAAAAAAAAAAUCAAACUUGUAAUCAUAAGGCAUAUAUUUUGCACAAAGCUCAGACAUCAACUUGAAAAAAAAUUAUGUGCCUUGCUAUUAGACCUAUGAUGGGUUUUCCAUAUGUGGUAGAAGAAAAGAUAUUGCAUAUACAAAGAAUUAGCUAGAAAAAGGAGGAUAAGUAUGACACUAAAAACACGUCCAAGUAGAUGAGUUAUAAGGUUAGACAUUUUUUCCAUCAUGUCUUUGCUUCACCCUUUUAGUGGAGUUAGAAUUUUCCUCAUGAAAGGUAAUGCCACUGUUAGCAUCCUAAACUACACCUCUCUAACGAAUGUAACAAGUAAUCACCCUAAUAGAGGACAUGCUCUAAAUUCUUGCUUGCUUGUAUUAAAGUAGAUAUGUAUUCAGUACCAAUGUGUGCAAAUAGAAGAUCAUUUUCUUUUUUCCUUUCUUUUUUCUUUUCUCUCUGUGCGUGUUUCCUAAUUUUUGAGAUAUUGGAAUUUAGUUUGGUUUAGUGUAAGGCCUUUUGUUUGAUCUGUGUAUGGAUGGUGAUUUUACAGUUUCCUCAAAAAUUUAGAGGAAGAAAAUAAAUAUUUCCUUUGUGCAAUACUUUGAAGCACACUAUUAGGUACCCAGCUAGUGAGAUCAAUUUAUAUGAUGGUAGGUUGAUUAGGUGACAUUUGUGUGUAUGUGUGAGUGUGCGCGCGUGUGUGUGUGUGUGUGUGUGUGUGUGUGUGCGUGUGCGUGUGUGCGCAAAAAAGAUGUGUGUGUGUGUAUAUAUAUAUAUAUAUAUAUGUAUAUAUAUAUAUAUAUAUAUAUAUGUAUAUAUAUAUAUAUAUAUAUAUAUAUAUAUAUAUAUAUAUAUAUAUAUAUAUAAUCAGAUGAAUAGAAGGCUUAGGUUUCACUCACUAUAUGUAACAAAUGUGAUAUUGAAACUACUAUGAAGGAGAAAAAAGACCGUUUUUGUAUUGUGAGAACAGAUUCUGUUCAUAAAGACAAGAUUGUGCAAAUGCGAGUGUGCAUGACUGACUCUAUGGCUGCAAAAGUGGCAAUCCAGAUAUAGCAUGAAGACCAUACAACAUGCUUCAGAUUUAAAGAUCUGGUUGUUGAGAAUUUGCUGGAUGUUGAGUAGGUAACAAAAUAACCAAAUAGUAUGGAGCCAUCCAGAAAUGCCCACAUUUCUUAACCCAUUAGUGCCAGGUCACACGUAUAGCAAUCAUACAUGUGACCUGGCAAACGUGAUCUGCCGGUUACGGCUGUACGUGUCGUGAUGCGCUAGAGUACAUUGAACAGGAAGUUCUGCUACAUGUAGCGGACUUCAGCCCCCAGUGGCUGGCUGGUUGCCAGAAAUCAAUCUAUGAUGCCAAGAGAUUUAUAAUACCCAUCACUGAGGGAUUUUAAAGGUGUACAUUGGCUUUACAAGAAACUGUUAUAUUUGGAAUGUGAACAAUUCAUAAAUGUUGGAAAAUUAGGAGCUAAAUACACAUGUGCUUAUAAGUAAGAAGGCAAAAGUUUCUGAUAGGGAUAUUUUUGAAGGAUUUGAUUGAGUGAUAUAUACUCUGUUGCUGAAGUUAGGUACAGGAUUGAGUAGAUUAUUUUUGAAAUCUACUUUGAAUACUUGUGCACGCCAUUUUACCGAUGUGUGCACAAGAUGCUAGCAGACAGAUUCAUACACACACACAUUUUCACACACACACACAUUUUCACACUCAGACAUCCAUUCAGAGACACAUGCAUACAGAUAAACACACUGACUCAGACAUGCAUACAAAAAUACACAUGCAUACAAAUCUGCAGACACACAUACAAAUAUACAGACACCUGUAUAUAAACAUACAUACACACAUGCAUGCAUACAGAUGCACAGGCACACAUGCAUGCAGACGCACUCAAAGUUCUCUCAUAUUAACUCGCAUCAAGUAACAUAGACCAAUUAAAAUGCCUAAUUUUGUUUUCUACUGGGGCAACCUUAGCAAGUAUUAGUAUUCAGCCAAAUAUUAGUAUUCAGAAGAUGGCUAAAAGGUGAUGAGGGAACAUAAUUUGGGGGGAAACAAUUUACACCUUUUUCUUCAUACACAAAAAUACAUUUUAUAGAAAGAUCCCUUUACACUGUGACAUGUCCAGCACUGUCCAUACUGGUGUUUUGUAUGCAAGGUUUUAUGCACAUAUUCAGGAAUCCUUAAUGUAACCCUAGUAAAUAGUUUUAAAAUGUAUCAUGUCCAUGUCAUGUUUUACAACAUUAACCAUUUGACCCCUUAAAAAAAUGAUCAUGGAUCCUCAUUAAAAGCUAAAAUAUUUUCUCCCAUUUAAAUAAUAAUUGUAGUUCAUGUACCUUGCAGUUCAGAAAUUUCUUGGAAUGACAGAAAUUUUAAUAAUGCUGUAGCUCAAACAGGAACGCCAGAUUUAGUGAAUAUUUCUUUUUGGUGUCCUAUUUUUUGUGUUUUGCAUAAAGCUGGCACAUAUAGGAAAGAUGUAGGUGUAUCAUUGUUCUAUGGACAUUGCUAUCAUUAAAAAUAUGGAAAAAUAUUGAAGUACAUUGCAGAGAAAUUCAUAUGAUAUAUCUUCACACGGAGAUUUAUAGCUUGAAUUUUAAACUUCGGCAAAAGAUAGUCACAUGGAAGUCGUUUUUUAUGUAUAUAUGUAGGGAAGGAAUAAUUAAAAUUUGCUCUUGACCAUGUGCAUUGAAUUGAUUUGUAAGGGUGUAUGUUGAUUUAUUUAAAAAAUGAUUUAGAAAGGCAUACACUAGAAAGAACAUCUCUAGAAUAUAGUUGUUAUAUGGGGGGGGGGGGGGUAUAAAAUCAUAUAUACUAUAUUAGCAUAAGCAGUGUAAGCAGUUACCUUUUUUUAUGUUCCACUUUUUCUGAAUUCCACAAUCUCUUGCUGUGAAUCUCCUAUAAGUUCAAAGAAUUGGAAACUUCAGCUUUAACAAUCUGUAGUCUUGGCUAUGCAUAAUUAUUUUUUUAUUAUGAAAGUAAUCACUCAUAAAAAAUAUAUGUUGCACAUGUAUUAUAAACAGUUAUCAGAACAGAUUUAUGUGAUAUGGUAGAUAUUUUGUGUAUAUUAUGGAUUAAAUAAAGUGGCUUUGAUAUACGGA